AUGAGUUCAGGCGCGGGAGAUGCGAAGCUCUUUGCGAGAGAUAUGUCCAUGAUGUUUAUUCCCCACUACAUUCCACCUUCGGGCUAUGGAAGCUUUCGCUCACCAUAUCUUCGCACUCCACAGGGCAAAGUCGCGGAAUUACGGUUGGAGUUGAAUAGUGGAGGGAAGAAGGACAAGAACCAUGCGGCGAAGAAGAUUGCCCUCAAGAAGAUUGUCGCCAAUAUGACCAUGAGCAACAAUGAUAUGGUGGCCCUGUUUCCGGAUAUCGUGGGUUGCAUGCAAAUACCGAGUCUAGAGAUCAAGAAAAUGUGCUUCUUAUUUCUAGUCAACUACGCUCGAAUGAAGCCCGAGGUUGCUUUGAAAGCACUUCCAACAUUAGAAGAGGAUAUGCACGACUCGAAUCCUCUCGUGAGAGCAUUGGCACUGCGAACAAUGUCAUACAUAUACGUUAAAGAAUUUGUCCAUGCUACCCUUUCUCUUACCAAGAACCUUCUCCGAGACGCAGAUCCAUAUGUUCGAAAAACGGCCGCGUUCUGCGUUGCAAAACUAUAUGAUCAUGACAGAAAUCUAGUUGAGAGUUCUGAUCUAAUUGAUAGGCUGAAUUCGAUGCUCAGGGACGACAAUCCCACCGUGGUUGCAAGCGCUCUUGCAAGUCUGAUGGACAUCUGGGAAAGGAGUGAUGCAAUCAAGCUCACCAUUGAUUAUGGCAAUGCUUCAAAAAUGGUGCAAAUCUUACCAGACUGCUCAGAAUGGGGUCAAACAUACAUCCUCGAGGCUCUAAUGUCAUACAUCCCCCAGGAGACAUCCGAAGCCUUACUCUUAGCUGAGAGAAUAUCUCCACGACUCUCACACACAAACUCAGCAGUGGUUCUUACUUGCAUAAGAGUAAUACUCUAUCUGAUGAAUUACAUUGCAGAUCAGAGGCAAAUAUCGCUUUUAUGUCGGAAAUUGUCACCGCCUUUAGUGACAUUACUGGCAAAAGGGCCCGAAGUGCAGUAUUUGGCUCUAAGAAACGCUUUGUUAAUCUUGCAGAGGCGGCCAGAGGUGCUUCGAAACGAUAUACGGGUAUUUUUCUGCAAAUACAACGAUCCAAUUUACGUAAAAGUCACGAAAUUGGAGUUAAUAUUUAUGCUGGCUACGGAGAAAAAUAUCGAGGAAGUUUUGACCGAGUUACGAGAAUAUGCAACAGAGAUCGACGUUCAUUUCGUACGCAAAUCUGUCCGAGCAAUUGGCAAGCUGGCCAUCAAGAUCGAGCCAGCAGCAAGGCGAUGUAUAAACACGUUACUAGAGCUCGUGGCUACAAAGGUCACCUACAUCGUUCAAGAAGCGACAGUGGUGAUCCGGAACAUCUUCCGAAAAUACCCCAACCAAUACGAAUCCAUUAUCUCCACCCUUUGCGAGAACCUGGACUCACUAGAUGAACCUGAGGCGAAGUCGGCUAUGAUCUGGGUCAUUGGCCAAUAUGCAGCUCGAAUUGAAAACUCGGAUGUGCUGCUGGACGAUUUCCUUUACACUUUCGCAGACGAGCCAGUCGAGGUGCAAUUAGCGCUUCUUACCGCAACAGUCAAGCUGUUCAUUCAACGGCCAACAAAGGGGCAAGAACUCGUCCCGAAAGUCCUCAAAUGGGCAACCGAGGACACGGAUAACCCGGAUUUAAGAGAUAGAGGCUACAUGUACUGGCGUCUACUAUCAUCAGACAUGGAAACCGCCAAGGCAGUAGUAAUGGGCGAGAAGCCAGCAAUCACCGCCGAAACCGAAAAGCUAGACCCAGCAACGCUGGAAGAAAUGUGUCUCAACGUCGGCACACUUGCAACUGUCUACCUCAAGCCAGUCCAGCAAGUCUUCCGCUCUGCACGGCCUCGAAAAUUAGCCGAUAGUCCCGCUCUACAAAAGCAUACCCUUCCAACAGCCAAAGGCCUCGAUGGGCAAAAAUCACUUUCGACCUUUGGUAUGGACAAUCAACCCGCUAUCAGACCCACGCAAAACGGCGACCUUGCCGCGGCGGUCGAUGCAGCGGAUGAAUUCUUCGCGGGUGUAGGGAAUCAGCAGAUGGCGCAGAUGCAUAUUAAUGGACAAGAGGAUGGAUUUGGAGGGAGCCCAACUGUGGGGAUGGGCGAGAUGCAGUAUGUGGUUAAUCAAAAUGCACCGGAGCAGGCGUAUCACCCUACGACAGGUGGGGGGGCGAAUGGGGAUUUGCUUAUGUUGUAA